AUGUAAAUAUUAAUUAGAAGAUUUUGUAGUCUACUAUUUUAGGAUAGCAUAUUUUGUAUAUUGUGUAAUCUCCUAUUUUAGGUUAGAAUAUUAUUCUCCUAUUUUGUAUAUAAACCAAUUCAAGUAAUGAAAGGAUUAAAGGAAAAUAUUUCUUACAUGGUAUCAGAAUAGGGUUUCUUUCUUCUUCCUCCUUCCGCUACGCCCUAAAUCCCUAUUUUUUGUUUUCCUCCCUAAGACGUCGCCCCCUUCCUUUUCUUUUCCCAUGGCCGACGCACCAACCACCCCGGCUAAGCCCAUGUUCCACUCGGCCCUCGCGGUCUCCAAUAUCAAGAAUCACAUCUCUGUUACUCUUGAGAUGGAAAACUCACAAUAUGGUACAUGGGCCGAGCUUUUCAAAAUUCAUGCUCGUUCUCACAAGGUCCUUCAUCACAUCAUUCCUCCACCUAAGGGUAAGGAGAAGCCGACUCCCAAAACUGAUGAGGAAAUUGAAUUAUGGACCACCAUUGACGCCACUGUGCUUCAAUGGAUUUAUUCGACGAUUUCGAAUGAUCUGUUAAACACUAUCAUUGAACCGGAUGCUACAGCCAUGGAGGCUUGGGACCGCUUACGUGAUAUCUUCCAAGAUCAUCAAACUUCUCGGGCGGUGACUCUUGAACAAGAAUUCACGACGACUCGUAUGGAGGAUUUUUCCAAUGCCUCCGCCUAUUGUCAACGUCUCAAGAGCCUUGCCGAUCAACUGAAAAACGUUGGGGCUCCCGUGACGAAUAUCCGUCUUGUCCUUCAACUGGUCUCAGGUCUCACUGACGCAUACAAAGGGGUUGGACACAAAUUCGCCAUGCAAAGCCGCUCCCACCAUUCACUGAGGCUCGGUCUUCUCUUAUUUUGGAGGAACGUGAACUUGCGGCUAUGGUGUCUCAUGGGUCUGGUUCGGCUAUGGUGGCCUCAGUCGAAGACGCGCCACUCCCCUCGGAUAACUCAAGCUCACGCCGAGGAAAAUCAAAAAAUUCCCACGGCCGUAAGGGGGGCUCGGGCCGCGGCUCAGGCAGCGGCAAAGUCACCGGUGGCCGCUGUUAACACCCAAUUUCGUCCCUCCAUUAUUCCAUUUUAUUUCCUUGGAUGGCUGAUAUGGUUUGAUCUUUUCAAAGUUUUUGCUUGCUACUUGCCUUCGACCAUUCAUCUUAUAGUUGGAGUUGACCUUUGCAUUUCCUAUCAUGCUCCUCUUGAACUUACAGCCAUGGCUGCAAUGCCAUUAUUGGUGUCAACUCCUUGA